GAUACACAGCUGGUCUUCGCUCAAUACUUGUAGUCACAACUAGAUUAUUUUGUGAUUCUGAAAAUUGCAUUAUUCCCGAUCUAUUUUAAAAAUCAAAUACCGACCUACUUUGAUACUGUUUGAUAAAAGAGUUUUCAAGUACGGCAGCCUGACAGUGCUUAUGAGUUUAAAGUAACUUAUCCAAUGCGUGAUGCCGCCAGUCAACAGCGGACAGACCUAGCCAGUGUCGUUUGCGUUUUGUGGAUUUUUCGUUUCUCCCACUACGGCGAGUUCGCGGUGUCAGCUCGGCUUUUCCUAUGUAUUUCCCGUCGAUUUUCCAUACUGAGUGCAUUAUCCGCCGUAUCUGCUGAUUCCUUGUGCGCAAAAGGAACGAAGAGUCCAGCAGCGAACAGGUUGCCGCUGUUUUCCGCUGGCAAUCGGAAAUUAUCCUUCGAGAUGGCUGGACGCGGACGGCCAGAGUAUCACGCCCCGCCAGAAAUCUUUUACAAUGACGACGAAGCCAGAAAGUAUACUUCCAACUCGCGUAUUAUGGGAAUUCAGGUGGAACUGGCGGAACGCGCCCUUGAAUUGCUCAGCUUACCGGAAGGCAAUCCGUGUUAUCUGCUGGAUUUGGGUUGUGGAUCUGGCUUGAGCGGCGAGACCAUAACGAAUGCUGGCCAUUUUUGGGUUGGCAUGGAUAUCAGUUCCAGCAUGCUGGAUGUUGCCGGAGAACGAGAAGUGGACGGAGAUCUACUUCUUAGUGAUCUCGGUGAAGGUCUUCCUUUCCGCCCUGGAAGUUUUGAUGGGGCGAUAAGGUGCGGUUGGAUGGCCAUACGAGAAUCACUGACGCUUUUACGUGAUUUUCUGGAUUUGUAUUUCCAGCAUCUCGGCGUUACAGUGGCUGUGCAAUGCCGACAAAAAAGAGCACAUCCCUUCGAAGCGAGCCGUGGAUCAAAAGCAGUUUUUCAGUUCUAUCCCGAAAAUAGCGCCCAGGUUGAAUUAAUAACACAACAGUCCAUGCGAGCAGGUUUUACUGGAGGUUUGGUUGUGGAUUAUCCGAACAGUGCUCGAGCCAAAAAAAUGUAUCUAGUAUUAUUUACCGGUGGUGUCAAUCCCACUCUUCCGAAGGGUUUGGAUGGAGCCGGUGAGAAGCCCGUUAGCAACAGAUCUGGGCACGUAGAUUCACGACCGUCUAAGCCACAGAAGAACACUCGAAAGUUGAUUUUUUAGCCUAGAAAGACCGGAGACGAAGAUAAGGACGAGAUGUCAGACCUGAUCACGAAGUAUACUGGCAGCAGACAUCGCCUGGGACAGUUUAGCUGCUCUUCUCCAAGUCGUUAUCUGCUCUCUUUUCAUUUUAAUGAACUUGAACCCGACUGAAUGAAAUAAAAGGUUCUGGUCUC